AUGUCCAACUUGAAAAAACUCAAAUUUCUUUUGAGAAUUGGCCAGUUUUUGGGACUGGCACCAGUCAAGUUUUUUUUCCAAAAAUGUUACAUUUUAAUUUUGUUAUUUUUACUAACAGGGGGUGCUGUAAUCUCAUUAUUGUAUCAAGCACCGGUUUACAAAGAGUUGACCGAUAUUAAACUUGUCAUAAAUGUUUUAUCAGAUGUGACAUUGUGGUUGUCAAAUGUCAAUUCUUUGACAAUAACCCUGAAACGUAAAAAAUGGAAUUUGCUCCUUAAAAGUUUGUCUCACGACGAAACAAACAAAUCAAGCUUUGUGCAAUUAAUUCUGACACAAGCAAUUUUUCUAAUAUUUGCCCUAUACAACAUUUAUGUGGGUCACUUCGUGUCAAAUUUUGACUACCUUCUAAGAAAAAUCGUCCUGAUUAUACAACUUUACUAUCUGUAUUUUGACAUAAUUGUCGUUUCUACGUGUCUUCAACUGUUUUUAGAACAUUACGAAAUGAUAAACAGACAAAUACUUGACACUUUGGAUGUCAAAACUUUGACAAAAAUAGUGGAGAAAGACUGUUACAAAUUCAAAAUGACUAUUGAUGCGUUUAAUGAUAUUUUUGGCUGGUUCUUUCUCCUUUUUACGUCAUAUUCGACUUUACUGCUUCUAGAUUACGUCAGUAGUGUUGUCAGGAAUGAACACAAGUACAAAUCGGACAAGAUGGCCGAAAUUAUAUCAUCGGAUUUGCUCCAACUUUGCAUUUUUUUUGUUGCACUAAUUAUUUUGAUACUGCAAUGUGGGAGAGUACGAUCAAAAGUCGUAAAAAUCCUAAAUGUGCUUAAAAAAAUCGCUCUAAAAACAAAUGGAGAGUUGGACGAGCUCAUUGUCUCGCUUUCGACCCAUUAUUUUCCGGUUUUCAGCGCUUGUGAUUAUUUCACGAUUGAAACGAAGACCGUUUUAGACGUUUUGGGGGUCACUGUGACUUAUCUUAUCGUUAUUAUACAAUUUGACGAUAAAAUUGUGCAAAUAUAAGGAAAUUUCAGUUCUUAUGUAGGCAACCAACAAUACACCUUGUAAUUUUUUUUAUAAUUACGACACAAUCAAUUACGGUUUUUCUUACAAAUUGAGGUAAAAAUAAAAACGUUGUACUAACCAGCGCUUUUAUUCAAUUUUCUGUAUAUAAAACAAGAGAUUUCAAUUAAUAUAAAUACAAAUUGCAAAACUUGAUACACUUCUCCGAAUUUACAAAUAUUUGAAAGUAAAAUUGUACUCAUCAAUAACAUAAUUUAUACAUAAAUAUAAAAGAUUUAGUUUUUCUUAAAUUCAAUCCUUUCGACUUUAACCUCAUCCCCAACCAGUUGAUAGACGUACGUCACAACAGUGGUAUUCUGUAUAUCCAUUAAGACAAAAGACGGUGUUACAGUUCUAAAACACUUGUGUAAAUU